AUGAUGAUCAAGGUGAAGACGCUUACUGGCAAGGAGAUUGAGCUCGAUAUCGACCCCGAUGAUAAAAUCACGCGCAUCAAGGAGAAAGUCGAGGAGCAGUCUGGUGUUCCACCACCGCAGCAGCGUCUGAUUUUUGCUGGGAGACAACUGGUGGAUGAAAAGACAGCGAAGGAGGUUAACAUCACAGCGGGAACGGUCCUGCACCUGGUAUUAGCUCUUCGUGGUGGCUGUUAA